AUUCCACAAAUUAUUUGUUGUCGGGAUUUUUCACCGUUAAAAGUUCAUUUAGAGGACAGAGAAACAGUCCAAUAGUGAGGCGCUCAAACCUUCCUGCUGUCAUCUGCAGACAUCUCAGAUAUUCCAGGACUUGCAAACUUAAAGUCGAGUAAAAUGCCUUCUGAGGGGGCAGUGCCAGCAGUUGGACCCAGGUUACAUCGCCUCACUGCCUGGUUUGACCCUGAAACUGCUGGGGUUGUGACCAUCCUCUUGGGGCUGUUCCAGGUGGUGCUGUCUGUUCCACUCGCUUAUGCUGAUCAAACUCUACCAAAACUCUUCAUACUGCCACUUGUCUUAGGAAUGAUAAUUGUGACAGGAGGAUCAUUCACCAUGGCCAACGAGAGGAACCCCAGCAGACAACUUCUUCAAGGUUGUGCCUGCAGUAAUGUGGCCGGGCUGCUGGGAGCGCUGCUUGCCUUCUGCCUCUACUCCUACAGCCUCAGCACUGUGAAUACUGAGGAAACGUGCAUGCCCGGUGUCUUUGACCACGACUACAGACGACCAUACUACGAGUGUCCUGGGGAACUCCUGAUGGCCUACUGUUGGAGUUUGACACUACUGCUGCUUCUCUAUGACACUGGAGCUGUGGUCCUGCACUGCCUCCUGUCUGUCUCUGCCCUCAAAGCACUCAAAACAGAGUAACACACACAGAGGACAUCCGUGUGUUGAACUCUUCAUCAUCAGCUCAACCACCAACAACUAAACAAACCUUGGAAAAUACAGAAAUGCCAAACUAGGUCUGAGGUCAUUUAGAAACAGCCUCAGUCACAGUGUUUGUCCACCGCAGAGCACUGAUAUGUCGAUUUUUACACUGUAGAACAUCACAUGUAUGUGUCUGAGUCCUGUUUGCCAUCAGCUCCUAACCUGGUUGUCAGGAUCCCAAGAUAAACCUAAAGACGAUCAAAGGAUCAAAAAGGAAUAAGUGUUUCUGAUAAGAUUUUUUCUGUCUUUUCUGUGAAGUGUGAAUCACAUACUGUAUCUCUUAUCUGAUCAGCUCUCCAGCUCUUUAAAACUCAGGAUGGACAACAGUUGGAAACCAGCUACACCUGGUUACCAAAUCCAGAAAAUAUAGUCACUGUUUAGGAUUACAGUCUGGUUCCCUUUUCUGUGUUUUUCAAAGGGUCGUCCCGGCUACACAGCCAGCUAACAACAACUAAACCAUGGAGCUGAGCUACAUUUAACAGAACACUUAACUUUGGGUUUUAUUUUCAUAGAGGAUUUCUGAGUUAUGUGGUGUGUUAACUGUAGGCUGGGCCAUUCAUUACUGAAUGUUUUAAUGUGGUAACUCAAUAACAAAAAUGACUUUCUUCCAAAAUAUUUAAUGUUUAACAAGUUUAACAAGCCCCCCCAGAGAUAACAACUUGGACUGGUAUUGGAAUACUUAGAACCAAAUACAGAGACUUAAUAUGUGUAAUCUCUACUUAUAUUUUUUUCUAGGGUGGGAAAUAAUAUGUGACAAAAAGCACUGUAAAUAUUCAAACCUGCUCUCUGUGAAUCUCUGAAUAUUGUUCUCCCCAUCACAGAUACACAAAACAAAUAGCAUUCAUGUGUUGUUUUGUAAUGUUUUACAUGUUUUACACAUCAAAGAAAAUAAAAAUGUGUGUAUGUUUUUCAA